AGCCGCGAAUGUUCUGGAGACCGCGAAUGUUCUGGAGGUGGCGAAUGUUCUGGAGACCGCGAAUGUUCUGGAGGUGGCGAAUGUUCUGGAGACCGCGAAUGUUUUGGAGUUAGCGAAUUUUCUGGAGGUGGCGAAUGUUCUGGAGGUGGCGAAUGUUCUGGAGACCGCUAUUGUUCUGGGAGCCGCGAAUAUUCUGGAGGCGUCGAAUGUUCUGGAGGUGGCGAAUGUUCUGGAGACCGCGAAUGUUCUGGAGACCGCGAAUGUUUUGAUGGUGGCGAAUGUUCUGGAGGUGGCGAAUGUUCUGGAGGUGGCGAAUGUUCUGGAGGUGGCGAAUGUUCUGGAGGUGGCGAAUGUUCUGGAGGUGGCGAAUGUUCUAGAGGUGGCGAAUGUUCUGGAGGUGGCGAAUGUUCUGGAGAUGGCGAAUGUUCUGGAGACCGCGAAUGUUCUAGAGGUGGCGAAUGUUCUGGAGACCGUGAAUGUUCUAGAGGUGGCGAAUGUUCUGGAGGUGGCGAAUGUUCUGGAGGUGGCGAAUGUUCUGGAGACCGCGAAUGUUCUAGAGGUGGCGAAUGUUCUAGAGGUGGCGAAUGUUCUGGAGACCGUGAAUGUUCUAGAGGUGGCGAAUGUUCUGGAGGUGGCGAAUGUUCUGGAGGUGGCGAAUGUUCUGGAGACCGCGAAUGUUCUAGAGGUGGCGAAUGUUCUGGAGACCGUGAAUGUUCUGGAGGUGGCGAAUGUUCUGGAGACCCCGAAUGUUCUGGAGGACGCGAGUGUUCUGGGAACCGCGGGUGUUAA